UUCCCCCAAAACAGUUACAGUUACAGUUUUUCAAUGUUACGCCGGUGAGACGCGUGACGCCUCGCGCUGCGACACAUUCCUCGCACCUGUGUGUGGGGACGCGCGCGCGCACGCGCACACACAUUGUUCGCGGGGCGGCGUCUCGAGCGCGCUCUCGCCAGACCGCGUGACGUCAGCGCACUGGAUCGGCUGCCCCCCCCACCCCCCAUCGCCCCGCCCGAGCGCGGCGCGGAGCGAAGCGAAGCUGGAGGAGCGCGGGGAGCGCGCAAGCACCGAGAGCGCGCAGUUUACCUGCUUUUACUCCCCGUUUCCCGCUGCGCGUUUAGGAGGAGCGCGACCGUGACGAAGACGACGAAGAUGAUGGAGCCGCAGUGACGCCGCGGCACGAGCGCGGGCUGGUCCUCGUGCUGCUCAGGAAGAUGCUGAUGCCGACGCUGGUGCUGAUGCUGGCGGACCCUCUAAGGCAGCCUCUCUAAGUCUCUUUCUUCCCUCGUAGCAACGGUGAGGAGCACGAGAGCAGCAGCAGAGCAGGGAGGAGGAGCGAGGGGUUGCUGAGGAACGACCGCGCGCCGCCGCCACCGCCCGAGGAGGAGGAGACGGUUCACCUUCCGCUGCGCGCUCCUCCUGCCUCGACGCCCUCAUGGCUACGGCCACGGAGCUCCCCGCGGACGAGGCCGCGUACCGGGACGACUUCGGCUCGGCGGCCGUCGCGUCGGAGCGCGUGUCCGGCCUGGCCGCCGGCGUGUACCGCGAGUUCGAGCGCCUCAUCGACUCGUACGACGAGGAGGUGGUGAAGGAGCUCCUGCCCCUGGUGGUGAACGUGCUGGAGAACCUGGACGCCGCCCUUGUCGAGAACCGGGAGCACGAGGUGGAGCUCGAGCUGCUCAAGGAGGACAACGAGCAGCUGCUGACGCAGUACGAGCGCGAGAAGGCCCUGCGCCGGCAAGCCGAGGAGAAGUUCAUCGAGUUCGAGGAUGCCUUGGAGACAGAGAAGAAGGAGCUGCAGACUCAGGUGGACAGUCUGGAGCUUCUGGGGAAGCAGCUAGACCUGAAGACCAAGAACUACGCGGACCAGAUCUCGCGCCUGGAGGAGCGGGAGUCCGACUUGAAGAAGGAGUACGGCGGUCUGCGCCAGCGGCACGCGGAGAUGAUCCAGACGUACGUGGAACACGUCGAGAGGUCCAAGACGCAGCAGGCCGGGAGCAGCAGCCAAGCGGACGGCUCGGCCCGCGUCAGGACAGAGCGCCCGCUGUCACCGAACACGUCGGCCACUGCUGACGGGAUGGUCCGUGGGGCUCCGCAGAUCACCCGGAGGACACCUGGCUCCGACACGCGGCACGACGGCCACCCCUACAAGGAGGACGGCUCCGAAUCGGACCGGUCAUCGGCAGCAACCGUGCCCGGCAGCGGUGGCUCCAAAACCAACAGAAUCACGUCGCUGGCGCCCUCAGCCACAGUCAUGCCGCUCCCCGAUAGCUUCCAGCACGCGGUGCAGGUGGGCGCAAAGCGCCGGGGCAGGUGCGGGAAGGCUGCCAACCGCCUCAGCAGGAACAUGGAGGUCCAGGUGUCCCAGGAGACCCACGACGUCAGCAUCGGUAUGGGCAGCAGCGACGAGUGCGCCGAGAUCCGGGGGACGACCGGCUCCACUCUCGGACGGGACAUGUGUGCGGACCCUCGGACAAACAGCCCCUCCCGAGGAAUUGUGAACGAGGCCUUCGGCAUCAACACCGACUCUCUGUAUCACGAGAUCACGGACACCGAGUGCGACAUCAUCGGGGACGUGGACGCCGGGGCAGAGCUGCUCGGGGAGUUCUCAGUGCGCGAUCAUUUCUUUGGCAUGGGGAAGGAAGUGGAGAACCUCUUGACCGAGAACAAGCAGCUCCUGGAGACCAAGAAUGCCCUGAACAUCGUGAAGAAUGACCUCAUAGCCAGGGUGGACGAGCUGUCCGGGGAGCACGAGGUGCUGAGGGAGGAAAUGGAGACUGUAAAGCAGUCCAAGAACAAGGCGGAUACCAGGGUUAAAGAGCUGGAAGAGGAGCUCAAGAGGCUAAAAGCAGAGGCACUUGGAGCGGCUCAAGACACCAAAGAAGACGGCGGCGAGGAUUACUCUUCACCCUUCCAGGAUGACGUGCCCCUGACCCAGCGUCGGCGCUUCACCCGCGUGGAGAUGGCACGUGUCCUCAUGGAGCGCAACCAGUACAAGGAGCGCCUCAUGGAGCUGCAGGAGGCCGUGCGGUGGACGGAGAUGAUCCGGGCCUCCAGGGAAAGCCCACCGAUCCCCGAGAAGUCGUCGUCCACCCUGUGGCAGUUCUUUGCCCGGCUCUUCAGCACGUCCUCCAGCCCCCCGCCGGUCAAGCAGCCCUACACCGGCGUCAACAUCCACUACAAGUCACCAUCUCCCGCCUGCUUCUCCCAGCACCAUGGCCUCGAUGCCGGUUGCACGGCGGAGUUCUUUCCCGAGGAGGAGCGCGCGCUGUCCACACACCGGGAGCAGCGACGGGAGCAAUACCGCCAGGUGCGGGAGCACAUGCUGCGCGAAGACGGCGUGAGACAGGCGUGUGGCUGGAGCGUACCGUCCCGCUUCAAACAGAUCACCUCCAACGAAAAGGAGGACAAUCCCAUGAAGAACGUGCCUGUGCCUGUAUACUGUCGCCCCCUAGUCGAGAAGGAUCCCAACCGGAAGCUCUGGUGUGCAGCUGGGGUGGACCUCGCUGGCUGGAAGGCAGCAACAAAAGGAGUCGUAGCCAACGGAUCCUCGAGGACAUCGCCGAGCAGCUCAGACCCCCUGAUGGCAAAGCAGGACGGAGUGGAAUGCAAGAGGGAUCGCAGUUCCCCCGAGAAGCCUAAGGAGCUCGGCGAGACAGAUGCAACGAGCAGUCGAGUGUGGAUCCUCACCAGCACUCACUUGGCCAGCAAGGUGGUGAUUAUCGAUGCCAACCAGCCAGGUUCACUCAUCGACCAGUUCAACGUCUGCAACGCCCACGUGCUCUGCAUCACCAGUGUUCCAGCGGCCAGUGAGAGCGACUAUCCUGCAGGGGAGAUCUUCCUGGUGCCAGGGACUGGUGACUUGGCAGACACCGGGGGCGUGGAGGCCAUGCUGGCUGGCAUUACGCUGGUGGGUUGUGCCACAAACUGCAGCGUGAUUCACAGCAGUUGCUCCUCGCGCACAGACACCCCAGCGGCAGAAAGGAACCCAGGCCCCACUGCUCUGCUGCUCGGCCCUAAGGUGAACCCGUCCCAAUCCGCUGAAGAGGCCGCCGAGGCCACCGAAGUGCCUGAAGCCGUUGCCGGCCAAACCGCUGAGGUCCCGGCUCCACCGGGCCCAUUCACAGAGCACGUGUUCGCAGACAUUGGGGCUCCGGCCGCAGAGCUCCACACGAGCAGGCCCACCAUUCAGCCAAACGAGGAGGCACGCCCCACAGGCCACGCCCACACCCAGGAAGUGAAGUUGUGUACAAGCGCAGCCCCCACCAUGUGGCUCGGAGCACAGAACGGAUGGCUCUACGUGCACUCGGCCGUCUCCAACUGGAAGAACUGUUUGCACUCCAUCAAGCUGAAGGACUCGGUCCUCAGUCUUGUGCAUGUGAAGGGCCGGGUGCUUGUAGCGCUGGCGGAUGGGACCUUAGCCGUCUUCCACAGAGCUGAAGGUAGCCAGUGGGACUUGACCAACUACCACCUGAUGGACUUGGGCCGGCCUCACCACUCCAUCCGCUGCAUGGCCGUGGUGCAUGACAGGGUCUGGUGCGGCUACAAGAACAAGGUGCACGUCAUCCAGCCAAAGACCAUGCAGAUUGAGAAGUCCUUCGACGCUCACCCACGCAGGGAGAGCCAGGUCCGACAGCUGGCGUGGGUAGGCGAUGGGGUCUGGGUGUCCAUCCGGCUGGACUCCACACUUCGGCUCUACCACGCCCUAACGCACCAGCAUCUUCAGGACGUCGACAUCGAGCCUUACGUCAGCAAGAUGCUCGGUACCGGCAAGCUGGGCUUUUCCUUUGUGCGAAUUACCGCCCUCCUGAUUGGAGGAAACCGCCUGUGGGUUGGGACGGGCAACGGUGUGGUCAUUUCCAUCCCACUGACCGAGACCAUUGUCCUACACCAGGGACAGCUCGUAGGCUUGAGGGCGAACAAGGUGUCCCCCAUGUCAACCGGAGGCGUGAUCCACGUGUAUGCCGAUGACAGCUCGGAGCGCGCCGGGAGCACCUUCAUUCCCUACUGCUCCAUGGCGCAGGCACAGCUCUGUUUCCACGGCCACCGCGAUGCCGUCAAGUUCUUCGUCUCUGUGCCAGGUGAGUCCCGUGCUGCUCUACACACCCCCGCCUUAACAGCCUCUCACCCCAGCGACGUCUCGCACCGUUCAGGUAACGUGUUGGCCACACUUAACGGCAGCGUGCUGGACAGCCCCUCCGAGAACCCUGGCUCAACCCCGGAGGCGCAAGCCCAGAACGUGCAGAACGUGCUGGUGCUGAGCGGAGGAGAGGGUUACAUCGACUUCCGCAUCGGGGACGGAGAAGAUGAGGAAGCGGAAGAGACCGCUUCUGGGGCUCAGCAGCACAAGCUGGCGAAGGCGGAGAGGAGCCACAUUAUAGUGUGGCAGGUGUCCUACAGCCCUGAGUGAUUUACAUUGUCACUGUACCUGAACUAAGAGUCUUCCUCCUGUCCCGUGCACCUACUGAGACCCAGCAUUAGCACCAGUGCCCCGUGACACCUCUACCCCUGCCCCAAUCACUGUGUGGGGGUGGCAAACUCAGCCCAUGGUGGACCUCAGCCUGUAACACCAUCCAAUUGUUUCCAGCAACCACUGCCCAGCAGCAAGGGUCUGGAGCCUAUCCUGGAAGCAGAGGCAAUGAGGCAAGGUAGACCCUGGGCAGGAUGCCAGUGAUGCGUGUAUACAAGCGCAGACACACCCACGCACACAUACACACACGGUGCCCAUAAAUCACAUUUCCUUUAAUUAAAGAGUAGAGGCCGCCAGAGGCCAACGCCCCUCGCUAUGUCUGUCUGUGAGCUGUAAUCUGACUGGCUGCUGUCCCUCGUAUGAACGUCUGUAUGUGGUGAGAAGGACCAGGAGGACAGGCUCAGUCCUCAACAGCUGCCAAAUCAACAGCCAAGAGCCACACGAUGACCUGCAUCCUUGGAUCCGACACCCCAGCUAUGUGCUUGAAUGCGAUGUGUGUGUAUUAAAGGUGUUGAUGGAAAGAG